AAGGAUCAAACCCAAUGUUGCCAAGCUGAGACCCGCUUCCCCAUCAGAUAGAAAACUAAGGUUGCGCAAUUGUCCCCAAAAUUAGCGCUUUGGGACUAAGCGAGGGAGGUUAAAUGCGUCAAGCUUCGCGGAGGUGUUUCGGAACCUGGGUCCUGAUACGCUUCCGAGAAAGGAUGUUUUAGCAGGAACGGUUUGAGGCGUGGAUGAUCGUCUGAAAAAUGUCUGGGCGCAUAUCUGACAGGUAUGCAAGCUUUUUCAAAUGUGACGUUAUGGAUUAUUACUGCCGAGAGAGAAACUUUCUGUACUCUUUUUUCUUUUCUUUUUCAAUAAUGGCUUGUAUUUCUGCAAAUUUUCAGAUUUGUUUCGCGGACAUGUUCAGGGGAAUCACUUGUUUCGAGAUGUGCACGGGAAAUAUCCAUGUCUCACUUAGUCUUCGGGACUUGCUUAAACAGCGGCACGGCAUUAGUCUCCGAAGCCACGAGUUCGGUUUAAGGGAAAAAUAAGAGGAAACCGUGAAGCUUUUCCAGAUGGUUCCUGAG